CCAAUGAGCGCCCUGGGCCGGGCCGAACCCAAAGGGGCGGGACAGAGGCCUGUUCAAACCGGUGGCGGCGGCCGGGGCUGAGCGCUGCGGAGCGCGCCGGGAUGGUGAACCUGCCUGGCGCAAUGCAAGCAAACGAGUUUGACUCAUCUGAUGAAGAGCCUAUUCAAGAUGAUCAGACACCAUUUCAGAUAUCAUGGUUAGCCCUGUCAGCUGUCUAUUGUUCUCAGUUUCUGGGAGUAUGUUCUCUGCCAGGUACGUUAGCCCUGUCGGCUGUCUAUUGUUCUCAGUUUCUGGGAUGUCUUGGUUUGUUGGCAGAAGAAUUAAAGGGGUAUGGGACACAGGAUAUAUUUGUGCUCUGUACCAGAGGAGAACUCUCAAAGUAUCGGGUGCCAAACCUACUAAACUCCUACCAGCAGCAUGGGAUUAUUGUGCAUCACCAUCCUAUUCUUGAUGGAGACACUCCUGACAUCGCCAACUGCUGUACCAUUCUGGAAGAACUAAGGGGCUGUCUGGAAAACAACCGGAAAACGUUAAUACACUGUUACGGAGGACUUGGACGCUCAUGUCUCAUAGCUGCAUGUCUUUUGCUUCAAUUAUCUGAUGCAAUGGAACCCCAAGAGGCAAUAGAGAGCCUCCGAGACUUAAGAGGAUCUGGGGCAAUACAGACAAUAAAGCAAUACAACUAUCUCCAUGACUUUCGAGAGAACCUGGCUGCACAUCUGUCAACAAAAGAUGCAAUAUUAAGAUCAGUAUCACGAUAAACUAAUAUUGGCAUUAUGGUAUAGCUGUUGUGUACAUAUGGUAUUUUGGCUGAGUACAAGUUCUACGUAAAAAGACAUCUCUCACCUACAUGACCUUUAAUACCACUUUAUUAGUCACUGCUUCUGGCAAAGUAUUAUCCUAACACCCCAUCUCUCUACUGUAAAUAGAUACAAGACUGGUGCUGGAAAGGGUCUUGUAAGCUAUAGUAAUAUCCUGCAUUUCAAACUUCCAAGGACUAAUUUCUAAGUUCAUUCUCUACAAAUAUUUCCACACAUGAAGGGAGAAAUGUUAUGCUGGUGUCCCCUCCAUUUCUAAUGGGCUUGUUUUAGUACAGUAACUUCAGCAGUUCACUGCUGAUGUAUUAAUUCCCUUCAUCAAGUAUGUCCUUAGCAGUAUACAAGUUUCAACACUCUGAACUAGUAUUUUGGUUUUUAAAUUUUGGCCUUUUCUGUAUGUUGCAUUUUAUGUAUUUACUGAAUGGAGGUAUUACAGGGGAUGUCAAAUAAGAAAUAAAACGAAUGCAUUAUC